GUUUGGCCACAAGAACAUCUAUUUCGUUUUCCAUGGCGGAUGAGUCAUCUUCGCUUGGGGCUGCGCAUUUGGACGACUUCUGGGAUCUCCACCGACGUCUGGGGGAGCGUUAUGAGUUGCUACUGAAAGAGCUUCGUCGCGCGAAGGUGGAUGGCUGUUCUGCGUUGACCAACAGUCAUGCAAACAGUCAGACUCCGUCUAGCCGUGUGCAAAUUCCAGACGAUGAUUUGCCUCUUUUAGAUCCUGCUGAAUCGAUGCCGGUUGGGAAGGCAGAACAUACGACCGCCAUCCGGUUGGACACGAUUGUUGAGGAGGCAGUGACUACACCGCAAAGUCAUGGAGACCCGCAGAACUACAUGUUGCGGCUCACCUCCGCUUUAGCGCAUUGCGGGGCUCCACCGCAGGUGAUGGAUGCAGUGGGGCCCCUGUUCCGUGAGCUUAUCGAGAAAAAUAGUCGUCUUCAGGCCCGCCUUGAGAGUUCUGAUUCAACGUCGUGUCUCGCCAUCAGCUGGCAGAGGAGCCUUCAAUGCCUGCCUGACUGCACCGAUGGGUGUGUGAAUGCUGCCAAGUAUUUCCACCACAUUCGAUGCCCGCACUAUAGAUCACGGAAGGUGAUUGAGUUGGGCGAGCAGCAGCAGGACUUGGGAAUGGCAUUGCAGUUUGGAGGCGAGUUGCCAGAAGUCCGGAGCUUUUGGGGGACGGAGGGCGAGUGGCAGCCUGGAGACAGCAUAGUGGCAUUGAACAAGAAACCGCUUUUCGGGAUGGCGCACGAGGAGAUUCAACGCUUGCUGCACAAAAGGCCUCUCACGGUCGAGGUGCUCAGGGCAAAAGCGUCAUCUUCAUCUUCUUCAAGUGCUUGAGUGUGGCUGCCUCGCCGUUGCCAUCUUGAUUCGAGAUGGUGGAACGUUUGACUUCUUGACUUGGGAAUGCAUGAGGGACUGAUUCAGAGAAUAGGUUUGAAGUCCAUUUCACUUGGGCUGUAGAAUUCUGGGCUUGGGUUGGUCCAGCUGGCUGGGGUUUCCGGCUUUGUACAUGGUCUGGAUGAGCAGAGACUCGCUGGCUCGCUGGGCUGUGGACGCAAAGCUAAAUUCAGCGUCGCGCUGGCGUGUGCAAGCCGCAAUCAAUUUGGUUGUGCUUAGAGACGCAGCCACCAUGUUGAACAAGUUCCAUAGCCGCUGGAGAGGUCAGCCGCUUAGUGGCCUUUCGUGACUCCCCAGCUAAAAGAAGAAAACGUGCUGAAGUUUUGCACUUGGAUUGAUUGACUUGGUAUUGCACCUUCAUGAUGCAUAUUUGGACGUGUUCUGACCAUUUGUUUUUUUCCGUUCCUAGCAUCAGAGCUUCCAGUGGCAGAUUGUUCACGACCUGGAUGUGGCAGGAGUGAUUUAGCUUCAGAUCUGGCAUGGCUUCAAGUGCAGGAGUCUUGGGCUUGAUGUAUCAGAUCGUUUGAAUUAGAUCGGUACAAAACUAUAAGCGGAUUAAUUGUUUUUUGUGCUCGGUCAUCUUAUUUAGACUUGACAGCUGAGCACCCCUAUGGUCGGUCAUCUUAUGUUUACGCGAUCUCCCGUCCAAAGGGUUGGUGAUUUGGCUGCCCUUCCCCAAAGUGCGUCGCGACCGAUUGUUGAGGUUCUUGAUCUCUUCGCGGAGGGUCUCAAUGCCUGGGUUACACCUCAUUUCUUACACAACAAUCUCACGUGCAGAUCACCACGGGCCAGCGGAAUUGAUUUGAUUCCAUUUCUGGUUCGGCCGAAUUAGUGUUUGGUGACUUCCGCUGUGGCAAGACGCAGUUGUGUUCUGAUGUCAGGUCACACCUUGUGGCUUGCCAGCUGCCAAUCAGCAAGGGAGGUGGUGAAAGCAAGGUUUUGUACAUCGACACUGAAGGCACCUUCCGACCUGAGCUUUUGGCAGAAAUUGCCCGCCGCUAUGGGCUGAGAGG